ACUCCCAUGCUAAAAAAUGGAACAGUUCAUUUUGUUACACUCUCUGUAAGACUACUCUUCCUUCCCUCUUUUGUUCUUUACUUUCCUUUUCUGUCCUUGUGUAAGCAAUUUUUAUUUUAUUUUAUUUUAUUUUAUUUUUUGAAUUGGGAUUGAACUCAUGACCUAGCACUUGCCAGACAGGUACUUACGCCACUGAGCUAAAUCCCUGGCCCCUGUAGUAAGCAAAUUUAUAUGUAGUCAGACCCAGACUUUUUCCACAAGAUAUCCCUGAAAUAUGCCUAAAGUCGUUGUACUUCUAGCACUCUUGAUAUCAAACGGGGAGAGAAGACCAAGAACUGUAGCUGGGCGUGGUGGCUCAUACCAGUAAUCCCAGCUCUCUAAGGGCCUAGGCAGGAGGAUUAAAGUUUGAGCUCUGCUUUAGCAACUUAACAAGACACUGUCUAAAUACAAAAAAUAAAAAAAUCCCAAAAAAUGGACUAAGGCCAGUGUGUUCAGUCCCCAGUCCUACAUGUACACAUCAACUUUAUUCUGACUUACUGCAUAGCAGUAUUGAUACAAUUUCCAAGUUUAUCCUACAAAUGCUGUUUUAUCCUAUAAAUAACUGCCAUGAUGUUUUCUAAUUAUUAUUAUUGUCUUUCAGAGACGCAGGGUGAGAAAAAUUAUCUAGCUCCAGCUCCAGCAGCUUACCCACCAGUUCUUCUGUUUGGCUUUCCAAAGAUAAUGAUCUCUAGAAUCAGGAUAUUUUCUUUCCUCGAUGUCGUUACCUUGUGUCGCUGUGCUCAGGUUUCCAGGGCCUGGAAUGUUCUUGCUCUGGAUGGCAGCAAUUGGCAGCGAAUUGACCUAUUUGAUUUCCAGAGGGAUAUUGAGGGCCGGGUAGUGGAGAAUAUUUCAAAACGUUGUGGAGGGUUUUUACGAAAGUUAAGUCUUCGUGGGUGUCUUGGAGUAGGAGACAAUGCGUUAAGGACCUUUGCACAAAACUGUAGGAACAUAGAAGUGCUGAAUCUAAAUGGGUGUACAAAGACGACAGAUGCUACAUGUACUAGCCUUAGCAAGUUCUGUUCCAAACUCAGGCACCUAGACUUGGCUUCCUGUACAUCGAUAACAAACAUGUCUCUCAAAGCUCUGAGCGAGGGUUGCCCACUGCUGGAGCAGCUGAACAUUUCCUGGUGUGACCAAGUAACCAAGGAUGGCAUUCAAGCACUAGUGAGAGGCUGCGGGGGGCUCAAGGCCUUGUUCUUAAAAGGCUGCACACAGCUAGAAGAUGAAGCUCUCAAGUACAUAGGUGCACAUUGUCCUGAGCUGGUGACUCUGAACUUGCAGACUUGCUUACAAAUCACAGAUGAAGGACUCAUUACUAUAUGCAGAGGGUGCCAUAAGCUGCAGUCCCUCUGUGCCUCCGGCUGCUCCAACAUCACAGAUGCCAUCCUGAACGCGCUAGGUCAGAACUGCCCUCGGCUUAGAAUAUUAGAAGUUGCAAGAUGUUCUCAACUAACAGAUGUGGGUUUUACCACUUUGGCCAGGAAUUGCCAUGAGCUUGAAAAGAUGGACCUGGAAGAAUGUGUUCAGAUAACUGAUAGCACAUUAAUCCAACUUUCUAUACACUGUCCUCGACUUCAAGUAUUGAGUCUGUCCCACUGCGAGCUUAUCACAGAUGAUGGCAUCCGCCACCUGGGGAACGGGGCCUGUGCACAUGACCAGCUGGAGGUGAUUGAGCUGGACAACUGCCCCCUCAUCACAGACGCAUCGCUGGAACACCUAAAGAGCUGCCACAGCCUGGAGCGGAUCGAGCUCUACGACUGCCAGCAGAUCACCCGCGCGGGCAUCAAAAGACUCAGGACCCACUUACCCAACAUUAAAGUUCAUGCCUACUUCGCACCGGUCACUCCACCCCCAUCUGUCGGGGGCAGCAGACAGCGCUUCUGCAGAUGCUGCAUCAUCCUAUGACACUGGCGGCUUGGCCUUGGUGAACUGAGUCUUGAAGAAUACUCUAGAGUUACCUGGCAUCUCCAGCAGAAGUGACCCCAGUGUUCUGGGCAAGGGUUACAGAGUGAGGCAGCAUCCAGGUCCCCAGAGCAUCUGCAACCUACCCCGCACACUCUAGCUCUGUGGCCUGGGGACUGAAGCUCAUGCUGGCUUUACCAAGUGGGUUAGUGAAACUUAACCAUUCCCAUCGGAUGCACCCAGAACAUCGCAGGCCAGCACAGAGGGAGGGCAUUCCAGCAGACUGUGUGACUGCUGUAGUGGUUUCUUUAUUUCAUUAAGGGGUUUCUUUGGGGAUCUCGAAACAGUAACUCAGUCAUCCAGGGUCAAGGAAAGCAUGGAAAGUGAUACAUGAGGGACCAGAAAGAAAUUUCGUUGCAUCCUAGACAUGGUAGCCAUCAUUAUGAAAUGACUACAUAGCUUCUGUGCUUCCUGUUUCCAUGCCAACAUGCUGAGCAUGCUUGCAAAGAAGGUGGUCCAUUCCUCCCAUGGUUUAGUCUUUAGCCCAGAGAUUUCUUAAAUACUGCAUUGGGAUCCCUGCAGUCCAGAUGCAGUCACUCACUCAAAUUGUCCUGUCGUCACACCACGCACCUGUCUUCCGCUCUUGUGGCUCCCUCUGCACUCUUGCUCCGUAUGUCACCCAGUCACAGCCUGCUACUCACACUUGGUUGUUACUCUUUGGCUAUUGUGUUUACAGUUUGCAUUUUUGGAUGAUUAGUUGAGGUUAUCAAACAUUUUUUAAAAAGACAUUAUCAAUAAAUAUUUUUUUAAUUUGAAAUCCUACCAUUAGGGGACCCUGCUUGAAUCUUUGCCAAUUUGAAAGGAAAAAUAAGAAAAGUAAUGAGAAGAAAUUGAGGUAAAAUUAUUUUGAUGAAAACGAACUUUGCCUUUUGGUUUUGUUAUAUCUAGUGAUAGACAAUAAUUCGCAUGAGCUGCCCAGUGUUCUGCCUGCACACUUCCUUCAGACAGUACUAACUUCCUAAGCAAAGAGAAUGGAGAAGUGUGCAAAGGAUAGAUGGCAAACCCAAACUCACCCUGCAGGUCUUGGCCACCCAAGCUCAGACUUUAAUAAGCUUACUGUCUUAUGCUGAAAUCUGGGUGUGAUCAGUGGCUUCCCUUCCCUUUUGGUUGUAGCUAUGGUGCUGCCAGUGGCUUGUGCUCUCUAGCACCCCACCACCACUCCAGCACAGCCUCACACGCCCAUUUUAGCCAUCAGGAAUACAAGAAUGGCCCCGUCACAUCCGGCCAGCCUGUGUCAUUGUUAACUAUUCUAUAGCCAAUAUUGGUGCCUCAACAUCUCUCCCUUUUUCCUCUAAUGAAAUUGUGAAAGUAGCCAGGGGACGGGAUUGAGUUAUCUACAUUAAAAUCUUGAGAAGGAUAAGCAGGUUCAGUGUCUCUACCCCACUUAGGCUGGUAUCAGGGCUGGGGAUCAGGGGUUCAGCAUUGAUGAGUCAGUCCAGGAAGCAGCUGUCCCCUUACUGGGUAUGGUGGCACACACCUGUAAACCCAGUCUCUUGGGGCUGAGGCAGGAGAAACACAUGCUCAAGGUCAGGCUAAUUUGACGAGGCCCUCUCCGAAAAUACAGGCUGGGAGGCAGUACACUGGCGGAGCACCUGUUGGGCAUGCCUGGGGCCUGGGCUGAGCCUUAGCACCACCAGAAGUGAAACCUGCAGAAACUCCUUGACUCGCAGAUACCACAGAGGCCAGGUGUGCCAGCACAUGCGCACAGCCCUAGAACUCUAGAGGUUACAGGCAGGAGGGUCAAGGGUUCAGCCCCAUCCUGGACAGUUAGCAACUCAGCAAAGCCUGUCUUAGAAAAAUCCAAGCCAGGCCUGGUAAUUCAUGCCUGUAAUCCCAGCACCAGGAUGCUAAACCAGGAGGGUCACUGUAAAUUCCAGGCCAGCCUGAACUACAAAGUGAGUUCAUGGCCAGUCUGACCUGCAUAUGGAGUCCCUGUCUUAAAAGAAAAUUGAGGGCAGUCUGAUGGGGUGGGGACAUAGCUCAGUGCAAGGGCCUCGGUUUAAUCACACAAGAUGAAGGAAAUAAAAUGACAUUUCUGAAGCAUAAGAUUCUUUUUGUUGGUGUGAUUGAUUGGGUUUGAGUUGGUUUUGAACAUUAAUGUGCAGUUCAUGAUCUUAGAUCAUUUCCUGCAUGAUCCAGAUUGUUAAAGGGCUCUGACUAACAGGUAUACAAGGAUGAAGUCUGGAUGUUGCUCUGUUGAUGUAGGAAGCAAUCAAUGAAAAGAUCCUCUGUUACUAUCAUUUUUUAACAUAGUAAAUUAAAUUGUAUUUCAUUAUGUCCCCUUAAAAAGCUCGUUAUUUUUUGUUCUUCCUCUUACUUUGUAAAGGAUAUUUUUAUCCUGAAACAGGCUGUUUAUCUCUGAAACAGGCUCCCCCUGUGUGGCCCAAGCUAGUCUUGAGCCCACAGUCGUCCUGCCUUAAACUAGAGAAUGUUAGGAGCACAGGCAUGUGCCACCACACCUAGCACUCAUCUGUCGUCGUUUAAACAGGAUCUUGCUGUGGUCCACGGGCUGGUCUUGAGCUCACAACCUCAAACAGUACUCCUGCCUCAAUCUCCCAAAUGGCUGGGAGUUCGGGCUCACACUGCUCACGGCAGGAAUACACUUUCUGUGUAAGACUUCAAUGCUGGUUAUACCCAGCAGGUGAAAAUAGACAUGGAUACACAUACACAUCCCGAUGUGGCUCAUAGUGUUUUUGUUUUUGACUUUUUGAGACAGGGUCUUGCUAUGCAGGGCAAGCUGGCCUUCCAGCUCACUUGUAGCACAGGCUGUUCUCAAACUCAAAGUGACUCUCCUGCCUCAGUCACCCAGGUGCUGUGAUUAUAGAUGUGUGCCACCAUGCCCAGCUUAAGACAUUGGUUCAAAACUAAAAUAUUUAGGGGCCUUCUCUAAAAUGUGGUAUGGGUUUUGUUGUUUCUUUGUUUUUCCUAAACAAAUUCAUGAUGAAACCUAUAUUGGUGAGUGUAUUUGAACUGCCUGAUUUGGAAAAAUUUCAAAGACCUUCUUUUUCCACCAUACAUCAGAAGUCUUAAAAAUGCCACCUCUCAGGGCUGGAGAUUUAGCUCAGCGGCAUAAGCGCCUGCCUUGCAAGCAGGCAGUCAUGAGUUUGAUCCCCGAUACCGAUAAAAAGGAAAAAGACCAAAAAAAAAUGCCAGCUCUCUACUCAAAGGGCAUCACCAUGUGCAGAUCCACUGGGGUGCGCACCACUGGCUCUUGUGUGCUUAGGCCGAUACCUGUUCCUUUCUCAAGAACUUUGUUUAUUAAAAUGAGAUGCAGUGUAUAGGCACAGGAAGACUUUAGUUCCAUUAAGCAUAGAAGAAAAUACGUUUCUUGUGCUGACUGACUACAUGGAUGGUAAGUUUGCUUCAGGUAGGAAGCAGCCUGAUAGCUGGAUAUACUUGGUAUCCAUAUCUGGAGUACUCAGAAUCUGGCGCUCAGCCAGGCCUGAUGUAGGGAAACUGGCUAGUUGGUUUGAUUUCAUAGCUACUCCAGAAUAUGCCUUUUAUAAUGAAAAAAUGCAUGAACCAAGAAAAGAGAUUUGGAAGGAAAAUCUCAAAAUUCCUGCUGUAAACUUCGGGCAGUCAGGAGGGUCAGUGGUCUCGGGGACAUUUCUUGGCAAUCACACCACCUUGUUUCUGAGCACCUGUCCCCAGUCUCGCCUGCUGUAUUUUCCAGCACUGUUUGCUUCAUGGUUACCUUUUAUGUCAUCAUCAGCUCUGCGAGGUGAUUCCAGCACUUUUACUUUAGUGUCCUUUGGCCCUGGUCUCACCGCUUCCUCUCCACUCCCGUCCUUGCCUAUCUUGAAGCCUCUCUGUCACCCCUGUAGUGCUGCUGACUCACUCUCAAUGUCAGUGUCCAGCUGUAGCUCUGGGUCUUUGUCCUAGGCAGUGCUGUGGACGGCCUUGAGUUAAUUGUUGAGUGGCUCUGGUCAUUUUUCACUGGGUUGUCCUAGACGCUUGCUUGCUAGACUUGAGUUGUUCAGUUCUCCAUGAAGAAUAAGAUCUAACUUUAGUCUUUUCCAAUAUUUGGAGUGUGACAGCACAUCAUGCUUGGUGUUAAAAAUGUUCUCUCCUUUUAUUCUGCUCUUAUCUCUACUGGAUGUAAAAGUAUUCCUUAAAUGGCUUUUUGUAAAUUUUAAGUCUGAUUUCUUCAUCUGUUAACUCGAUUAGCAGAUAUAAAGUCAGAUGCUUUACACAUCUCUCGUGUCGAACAUUCUAGCAGGAGACCUGUUAAAUGGUUUCACGGUGUUUUCUUCUGGGCUCUCCAGGUUGUGGAUUGUUUACUGCAGCUGAGGUGCUGCAGUCGUCCAGGGUCCAGUCAGCUCAUUGCCUUACACAGUGCGUUUUUACCUGUGUGUGACAGCCCCUGAUGGCGUGGAGAACUACAGUACUCUCUGGACCUGGUCUCAGCUUGAAGUCAUGAGGACAUAUGAGGAAGGUGGGCUGGUGCUGGCCAGUGAGCGGCAGCUCUUUAGAUGACAGGGGUGUCAGGAGGACGUGGUCAGCCCAUGGCUCUUUUAUGCGCCUGGACCCAUAGCAGCAGCCACCAGCGGGAAGGCUCGAAGGAGAGCAUUGCUGUCUCCCGUUUCUGCUCCUUGCUCUUGCUCUUGCACAUGGUGCAGGACUCAGUUCUUGUGCUGUCUCCUGACUGACAGCCUUCCUGAGCUCUGGAGAUCUUGAGCCAGAAUCCGUAGGCCCCAUCCAUGAUCCUGGGUCAGAGGAAUCUGAAGCAGUAAGAGGAGGGAAGAUUGGAGGUUACAGACAGGUGUGAGCAGGGUGGUGUAACUGGCCCAUGUAGUUAGAGAUUAAGGAACUGUGGUAACUUACAUCUUCAUUCUCCAGCAAAAAACAUAGACCACUGACGUACCUGCUGCUUGAACCUUGCCUUUUUACUUAAGACAGACUUUCUGCCUGCCGGAAACUGCCACAGGAGGUGAGGUUUUUGCGUGAAAGGUAUCUGCCCUUUCCCAUCAAACCCGGUCCACUUGUCAGCUUAGUGCCCCUGCUGCCCUUCGUCCUGCAGGAGCCCAUUGUGUGAGCUUUAGCCUCAGUCUCACUGGGCUGUGAGAGCCCAAGGGAACUACACUCAAAGGCAGUGCAGGGACUGGGCUGUGGCCAGGGCAGUGUCAUGUUAGAGAGCACCCAGGGCACCACUUUCCCUGCCUCAUGUGGGUUCCAGGCAGCCCUCGUGGGGCCCCUUGCCAGAUUCUCUCUCCCUGCCACCUCAGCCACCGUAGCUCAAUAGCCUGGGAAGGAGACCGUGAGCAAGCAGACCUGUUCCUGGCCCUUGUACUUUCACUGCGUCUCAUUUUGACAGAUUGACCUGGGGAAAGGAUAGGUGAUAGUCAGAAAUGAGAAGGACUUCUAGAAUGGGCCCUUCCCUCAGGCACAGCAUCUGUUCUCAGCAGUGGUACCAGCUGCUUUGGUCUGAUGGACCCCAUGCCUCUUCCAGCCAGGGACUUCCUUAUGUCUCCUCAUCAAGGGCCACCCAGGUAAGGACCAGCACCACUGAAAGCCACCAGGGCUCCCCAGCUGCCUGAGAGGCUCGGCAAAUGAGAUUGUCCACCAGGAAGAGAUUGUGGGGUCAGGGGUCACUCUCCCCUGCUGUGCCCGAGGCCAGGGAAAGCUUGAGGUGAGCUCUUUCUUGCUGUGAGCAUAAAAGAAGGAAACUGUCCUCCUUACUGCUCACCGUGGCCAAGUCUGGUAUGUGCCACGCUGCAGCUCCUAUGGGUGUUUCCAAGCCUAACCCUCCCCAGCUCUUGAAGUCAGUGUAACUUUGGUUUCUUUUAUCAGCACUAGAGAAUGAGACCAUAAAGUCUUAGGAAAUCCUAACUUGAGAAAAGAGUUGCUAACCGGUAUGGUUUGAUUAAUUACUUUACCACCCCCUCCCAACAAACAACCUCCUCCAGUGCUGUGUAGUAAUCUUCACCGAGUGGAACCUUUGCUGCUACUGUCCUGGGUUUACAUCCGGUUCUUCCCUCCAAAAUGCUUUCUCUGUACUUCUCUGGUGACUGUUACUCUCUAAUAAGUACAGGAAGGGAUGUGCCUGUGGCUUCUCCAUUCUCCCAUCACCCCUACUUCAUACACCAAUGCUAGCUUGAGCCUGUCUGCAGGCGCACUAACCCCAGACAGGGCACCCACCUGGGGUCUGUGCUGCUGCUCUACUCCUGCUCCUGGGGUCGCCGUGAGGAGCGAGGCUGCUUGCCGUGUCACCCACUGGCUGUGCACACCUUUGCCAUCUUAGUGACCCUGAGACACAGACCUGACCCAUGUGGCCUGUGCAGAGCUCAGAGAGCUGUGAGGACCCCAUGCCUGUCACGCUCUGCCUGAGGACAGAGGUGGACGGGUACCGGUGCUGCUGGAGAAUUCUUAAAGCCAGGCUGUUUCCUCCAUGCAUCCCCCCCUCCCCAGGGCCAGAUGCAAAGGGUAGGGGGGCAGUUCUGUCCCUGCCCUUGGGCACCCUGGUAUACCACCUGGGGGGGCCCGCUGCUUGCUUGUUGCCCCCAGGACCAGGCCAUCCCCACCUGGUAGCUUCACACCAGGUUCCACGUGCUGCCCAGAUGACUGUUCCCACCCAAUACUUUGGUACCUGAGGGUGGGAGGGGGGUAUUUAAAAUAAAAAUCCAUGGUGGCAGUAGAGGAUUCCUUUUGCUUUAAAAUCUUUGGACUAAAAAAGAAAUGUUUUUUAUAUAUAAAAAUAUAAAGUAAAUUGUUAUGUAACUAUUGUUUCCUGUAUGUUCUAAUUUUGUUUUAUGAUGUAAUUAAAGGAAAUAAGCUGUGAA